CUAAGAAGCAAACGAAGAAGGGUAACAUUUUUUGGAUCCCAAAGUCGGUGCGCGAGAAAAUCGUGUGGCAAUUUUCCGCGGCUUAAAAAACCAGUGAAAAAUGGAAAAUGGUUGGGACCUAACGGUAGGAAACAUUGUCCAAACGUACGGGCUAGUCGAGAAGAUUGGAAAAUUCGACGGGGAGGUGGACGUUAUCCGGAAACUGGAAAGCAUUCCCGAGAUUAGGAAAGUAUGUCGAACGUGGUUGAAAAAAUUGCCGGCGGUGCGGGACAGCAACGAAGAAAAGUCCCACCUUUACCGGGAGAAUGGUAACAAAAUAUUCCGUACCCGCAAGAGUCCUCACGUGGCCCUGGAGGCAUACAGUAAAGCAAUAUUCGCAGCACCACCCAAUACGAUAGCGCAGGCACUUGCCCAUGCCAACCGGGCUAUCGUGCUUAUGAGCUUGAAACGGUUUCCAGAUGCAUUUCAAGAUUGUCAGCUGGCACUCGAAGGAGGCUAUCCGGUUGAGAACCGGAUGCGGGUACUUUUCCGCCAAGCAGAAUGUUCGCUACAAAUGCGUGACCGAGAACGAUUAGAACGAGUGCUGGAAAAGAUCGGAAAGCUGGGCGAGGAACAGGAAAUGAUGAGUUUUGAGCUGGAACGAUAUCAAAAACUCUUGAAAUUGGUCGAAAUGAUAGCUAUCUCAGAAAUUCCGGCCGAAGAUGGAGAUCUAUCUUUUCCUGAGUUAAAAGAGAAAUACGAAGAAAGUGUCGGUCGAUUCAUAGUUACGAAAGACUCAAUCCACAAAGGUGCUCCUAUAGUACGAGAAGAAGCCGUCUCAUUUGUCCCUGUAUAUGAUGCUCGCAACCGAUCGGAACUGCCGCCCUUUGACUGUCAACAUUGUGGUGAAGUCAAUAUCAUUCCAUUUCCAUGCGCGGUAUGUGGACGAGCCUGUUACUGUAGCAUAACCUGUCGGCUAGAGCACGACGCGAUUCACCAGUAUGAAUGUCCCGGUUACGAAAAACAUCUUUGGUACCUGAUCGGCAUUGCUCAUCUUGGUAUCAGAAGCUUCUUGGAUGGGUGGGAAUCUAGUACCAGCGUUUAUUUGGAUAGUGAAGAAGAAUUCACACCAGAGAUCAUGUUUAAGGCUGUGCGAGACAGAGCAAAAACUGAUCACCCCAAGUAUCCCUACGGAAAGGUGUUUCGGCUGGUGACAAACUUCGAAAAAAUGGAUGUCAUCGAUAUGAUUCAGUAUUCGUUGACCGCAUACAUGCUCUCAAUCUACCUGAGCGAUUUCACAAAAUUCUACAAGGAACUAGGAGAUCGCAUAAAUCUCAUGUCUAAGGAAAACUGGUCUCUCUACGUCGGCGCAGUCAUCUUUCGGCAUAUUGGUCAGCUGGUAUCGAACGGGCACGCCAUCAGUGAGUUGCGGGGUAGUGUAGCAUCGGAAAACAAUUGUCUGGAAGCGGAUAGUUUUAAUAUUAAGGCCGGAUUUCUACAUCGGUACUUUGAAAGUGCCCGUGUUUUCACCGGCAUUUUCCCGCAGAUCAGCAUGUUCAAUCACAGCUGCGAUCCGAACAUUCGCAACUGUUUCAGCAAAAAGGCACUCACAGUAUACGCCACCGAAGACAUUCCAGAGGGGGGAGAAAUUUUCAACUGCUACGGUCCCAACUAUAAGGUGAUGGGAAAGCACGAACGUAGGCCAGCUUUGCAGCAACAGUAUUGCUUCGAGUGCAAAUGCCUCAAAUGUGUGGAAGCUGACGAUAGUGGCUAUGACAUUUACGAACAAUACAAAUGCCCAUUCAAGAAAUGUGCCAAAACAUUUCUGCUUCAGCAAAAUGCUGACCCCUUCGAAAAGGAUAUCAAGUGUCCGAUGUGCAAGAGAAUAAUCGACUGCUCGUGCUUUCAACUUAUUGCUGGUGGCAUGUCAAGUGAUAUGGAUACAUCCUACGAAGACUUUGAAGACGCCAUGGACGCCUACAAUAAGUGCAAGCUCUUCCUCACGGAGUAUCACGAAUCGAAGAUCACCCUGGCGCACAUGAUCUUCAUUCAGUACUUACCGUUUUCGGGGCUGGACGAACGGUGCCUCAAAACGCUGAAAAAGCUAGCGCAGGAAUUCAUCGAAAUCCGCGAACAUCGCUUCGGCAUGAUGAGCCCGGAGUACGUGGUUGCCUGCUUCUAUCUGGUGGAUUUGCUGGUGAUCGAGUCCAAGUGCGAGGGUGAAUUUCAGAUCGACGCUGAAUCGGUUGCAAUCGUGGAAAACUUCAAAAAGGCUGUACAGAUAUUCGGUACUGGAACCCGAACAACGAUACUCAACUAUGUCAAGGUUCAUUUAGGCUAAGAAAAUUGCUUACAGGAUAUUCCAAGGGUAUGUAUUGAAUUAAGCUCGAUAACUGUUCGCGUUAGGUAUUUCCUACAUAUUCGACAAUUCUCUACCACCAUUACUGGUAAUCUGCAUUUAUAAUAAUAAUUUACUAUUAAGUUUUAUCGUUUCAUAAUUACGGUUUCAGCAUUUAGUUCAAUGAUUCAGCAAUCAAAUCUAUUUAUUCGUUACCAGUGACGUGCUAUCUCUAAACAGAAAAGACAAUUUUAUGUUGCCACCAUGAAAUGGUCGCGCAAAGCUAAUGUUUAAUUUAUUUUUUUUUAUGAAUAGCAAUAAUUCCUGCUAGUGUAUACUGGUGGGGGCAAUUAAAACGUCUAUUACUAAGCAAAUGUUUGGAUGUGAAAUAAACUUAUCGUUCUAGCGAAUUGUGUGAAUCGUUGAAAUAGUUUCAAUGUAUGCCGAAAUCAUGGGACAAAAAUUCGCAAUAAUAACAAA